AUGAAUAAGAGAUAUAAGCAGAAGGAAUUAAAGAAGUUUUUGCAGAAUAAUAAAGUUUCUUUGGCUGGCUUAAUUGAAACUAGAGUGAAAGAGAACAAUACUAGUGCAACAAUUAAUAGCAUAGCUGCAGGGUGGAAGUGUUUCAAUAACUAUAAAGAUAUUGUAAAUAUAUGGAUUAUAUGGGAUGAUAGCUGGUAUGAUGUUAAGCUGAUUGCAAGUUCAGCUCAGAUGAUACAUUGUUAUAUACAAGAAAGAAGCAAAGGGUAUCAAUUCAACCUCACAGUAGUGUAUGGGUUUAAUACCAUAGAGCAGAGGAAGAAUAGGUUAGCUGGAGCUCCUAUCAAUGAAAAUGAGAUAAAAGAUUUUUCAAACUGUGUCAAGGUUAUGGGAAUUAAUGAGUUGCAAUGGAAAGGUAAUUAUUAUACAUGGAACAACAAGCAGAGUGGUAAUGCAAGAAUCUCAAGCAGGAUUGAUAGAGCUUUUGGGAAUGAUGCAUGGAUGGAUAAAUGGGGGCAUGUCAUAUUAAAAUAUGGUAAUCCAGGGGUUUCAGAUCACAGUCCAAUGCAGUUGAUGCUUCAUCAAGGAUAUCAGCAAAUUGAGGAUGCUAGAACUGAGCUUGCAGAAGUGCAAAACCAGCUUGGUAAUCAAGCAAAACAUAAGUUAGUUGGUAAAGAAAAAGAACUCCUAACAAAACUUGAAAAAUGGUCUAUGUUAGAAGAAAAUGCACUCAGGCAAAAAGCAAGAGCAAAAUGGAUUAAGCUAGGAUAUGAAAACAACAAAUAUUUUAGCUCAGUGAUAAAGGAGAGAAAUAAUAAGAAGUCCAUCAGAAGUCUGAUGUCAUUAGAUGGAAGAAUGCUACAUGAACCUCAAUAG